GACAGACCAACACAAAAGAAAACGAGGAAGCGCUUUCUUUUUCUACUGUUUUUAUGCUUGUCAUUCAUGAACUUCAGUGAUUUUGUUUUAUUUGAAGUGUUAUUUAUUGCAUUAUAAACCGUUUUUACGUGAGAGAGCCUUCUGACACUAGCGGAUUGCGCUUCUUAAGCACUGUUAAUAGCCGAUCAUCAUUAUUUUGAUAGUAAAUGAUGGCAGAAGGCGGCAGUAAUAUGGCUAGUCUUCCUCCAGGAGACCCGCAGCUCAUCGCGCUCAUAGUGGAGCAUCUGAAGAACAGAGGGCUGUUUGAUGAGUUUAGACGAGACUGUCUGGCAGACGUGGACACGAAGCCAGCUUACCAGAAUCUCAGACAGAAGGUGGACAACUUUGUGUCCACUCAUCUUAGUACUCAAGAAUGGAAUCCAUCCAUCAACAAGAACCAAGUGAGGAAUGUCUUGAGACAGAGUGUAGUUCAGUCAGGAAUGUUGGAAUCAGGGGUGGACAGAAUCAUUACUCAAGUGGUAGACCCAAAACUGAACCACAUCUUCAAGCCGCACAUCGAGAACGCCAUUCAUGAUUUCCUCUCCUCAGAGAAGAAAGAGGAGGGGCCAUCAAGUUUAACACCUGAUGCUGAGCAACAGGAGACAGCCAGCAAUACUGCAGCCAAAACACUAGCCCUCAUGGAGCUGCGGAAGGAGCAAGAGAAGUGUUUCGAGGUGCUCCUCCAGGCCCAAUCGGAGGACCGGCGGGUGUUGCGGAGCUUGCUGCCCCAGGAGGGGGCUUCAGCAGCGACCCCAGCAGCAGCAGGACCCCAUGUGACCCUCACUAAGAUGGCACCACAGGAUAACAUGGAGGCCUUCCUGGAGCUCUUCGAGCACACGGCCAGAGCCCUGAAGUGGCCAUGCUCGCAGUGGGUGGUCCAUCUGCUGCUGCUGCUGUUUGGGGAAGCCCAACUUGUGGCACAACAACUCCCAGUUGCCAGCCUCCUGGAGUGUUCCGAGUUGAAGAAAGCCGUCCUGCAACGGGUCGGCUGCAUUCCAGAACAGCACCGCCAGCAUUUCUGCACACUGACGCUGAGCGAGCACCUGUUCACCUCCUUCAUCCAAACUGACAUGAGUUUGAGGAAACAUAGGCAGCAUCCAUUCCCCCCUGACUCUCACUACGUCUCUGGCUUAUGCGAUACUCCCUUCACGGCAUUUACCACUCUGCGGCAAUGCAACAACAUGCAUGUCAUAUUUAUCACUGGGGUGUUUUUAUUAUUACUGGCGGUGCGGCAAAUAGACGCGACGGAUACAAGCAGCGCUCAUGACACCUCACAGGAGAGAUUACAGAACAUCCAGAAGAGAAGACUGUCUCUGCAGAACACAGUAGAGAUUCAGCAGUGUCUGGUGAGCGCGGGUGAUGUGGGCUGUGGGAUGUUUGAGUGCUUCAACAACAACUCCUGUGAGAUCCGUGGACUACACGACAUCUGCUUGACAUUCCUACACAAUGCGGGCAAAUUUGACUCCCAGGGAAAAUCAUUCAUCAAAGACGCUCUGAAGUGCAUGGCCCAUGGACUGCGCCACAAGUUCAGCUGUGUCAGCCGCAAGUGUCUGGCCGUUAAAGAGAUGGUGUUUCAGCUGCAGCGGGAGUGUUACGUUAAACACAACCUCUGCGCUGCGGUGAGAGAGAACGUCAACGUCAUGGUGGAGAUGAUCCACUUCAAAGACCUGUUUCCCAAAGGGCCCCAUGUGGAGUUGGUGAACAUCCUGUUGGGCUGUGGCGAGGAGGUGCGCGAAGCCAUCGGCCGACGAAUACGAACUCAGUGCGAGCAGAACUGGGGAGCUCUGUGCGGGAGUCUGAGCCUAUGUACCAUUGGAAAGGUGGAGGGCCAGGCCAGUUCCACCCUCGCCCCUCCCUCUGCCCCAGACACCACCACCCCAGUGGGCGCAAAUGCCAACUCCCUCCCACCUGCAGGCCUGAUUCUCCCCAAGGCUGAUGUGGAAACGGUUUGGACACUCACAGAACGAGAUGAAGGUGAAAAUCAGAGUCAGUCCUCAGGUCCUCAGUCUAAAGACAAUGUCUCUGAUGCUGAAAAAGAGCUCAAGAGAUCUUUGAACGCCACCAAAAGGAGGUGAAGGGAAGGUGCACCUCAGUGCCUUUAGCCAUACAAAAAGGCUCUCAGAUACUCUAAGGACAUAUAAGCUGCAGUUUCCAGUGAUUCUAAAGGGCUUCUCACACUAUGCUAAACCCUGGGUUAUGAAACCCUGCUGGGAAGAUAAACCAGGAUUACAUUAACCCAGGGAAUGACCCUGGGUUAAUAAUUUCAGGUGUGAAAAGCCCUUAAGAGUACCAGUGAUGACAGGGUUUUUCAAGGUGAUGUUACAGUAUAGAGCUGCCACUGGUCAGUAUGCUACAUGUGUUUUUGUUUUGGUUUGUUUUGUAUGUCAUUUUGUGCAACAUGGACUGGUACAACAAUAUUUGACAGAAUUUUGCAAUAUUUCAGUGGUAUAUCACCACUGAAAUGUGUUUGUAAACUGUGGACUAAGUGCAUUCCUAAGACUGCAGACUUUUCAGAAUGCUUAGAUGGAGUCUGUCUGGCUGCGAUUCUGAUUUUUACAAUUAUAACAAAAACUGGGUUUUGUGUUAUUUGUGAUGACAUCAUUCCAUGAACUCAGUAUUUGUGUUCGUUGAAUCAAAACUAUUUGUGUGAAUCUUACGAAAAUAUGCCCAGGUCACCCCAAAGGCAUUACGACAAAUACUACCGUGCUGUAUAAAUACUUGACAAAUGAAAGGAAUGUUCUGGGUUCAAUACAAGCAUUUGUGGCAUAAUGAUGCACAAAUUGCAGUUAAAGUGAGGCACUUACAUUGGAAGUGAAUGGGGUCAGUCCAUAAACAUAAAAAAAACUCACCGGUCUGUUCAGGGGCGUAGCAGUCAUUUUAAAAGUGGGGGGGGCACAGCUGUUAGUAUGUGGCUCGCACAGACCCAACACUUACAGUGCAGUAUUUAUAUAUUACAGUCUAUAUUUUGGGAUUUAAAUUUAUCCAAGUGGACUGAGUGUUUUGACUACGUUCACCAAAAUUAGUUCAGAUUCAUUUAAUGAUUCAUUCAGUGACCAUUUCUGGUGAUGCCACCUGGUGAUGUCUUGUGUGAAAUGAGUUCUUCACUGAAUCAACGAUCAAAAGAAAAUUUUAAUCCUUUAAAAUAUGUAUGUCUACAGACCUACAAAGAGACUUUAGUAGAGGUUUUAUGCAUUAUAAGAACAAAGUAAAUCUAUCAUUUCCCUACAGUUUGUGAGCUGCUGAGCAUGACUUUUAUCAAAAGACAACAAUAAUAGUCUUUUAAUAAUUAUUAUGAGUUUCAAUAAUGUCCGUACGUUUUCAGGUAUAAAAAAGCGUGUCUACAUAUCUACUGACUUCAGUAAAAUGUCUAAGUGUUCUAGGAACACAGCAGAUCUAUCUUUUUUCUUACAGAUUGUCGACUGCACACCAACAUAGUUGGAGCUGAUAUUAAAAAUAGCUUUACAUAUUUAACACUAUACAAACUAAAUAUAAAUAUAAACUCCACUUACAACGAGUGCUUAAAAGAAGGAUAGUCCUUUGUUUUUUUUUCUGCAGUGCAUUUCACAAAAUGCUGCCAAUCAAGAACGAUAACUCUAGUUUGUGUGUUUCUCAUCUCUACAUUAUUAAUUUAGAUCAACAUCAAUGCAGAUAAAAAACAUGGAUAAAUGAGCAUUGUUCAAAGCAACUUUGCAGAAAUGAAUGGAGCUGCAUUGAUUAGACUGUCUGACUGACGGCCUAUUUUGGCUAAUGAAACUCACCUGUGAUUGGCUGGAUGGUUGCUCAAUCAUUCCAAAGUAACAAAACACAAAGAAUACUGAAUACAAAUCCAACAUUUGGACUCGGUAUGGGUUUAGCUUGGAAAAGUGUGGGGACUGAAUCACUUUGUGUCCCCCACGUCCCCCCUGGCUGCUACGCCCUUGGGUCUGUUCCAAAACUUAGGCUGCGUCCUCCGGAGGUCGCAUUUGUCGGCCGCAUACCUCAUCGAGGCUGUCUCGUUUCAUAAAAGCGAGUAGGACACUUUAAAUGCAGCCUUUAAAUGCGACUUUCUUUCACGGGAAUUCGGAGGAUGCAUGAGGUGUAUCCUUCGUGGGCACUCACAACCCACAAAUCUUUGCUUCAACGGAAAUGUCUAAAAAAAAUAACGCCAAUUUGCCCAUAAAUAUGAUGUCCAAACGCAAGUAAUGUUAAUUCCCAAGUUGAAGUACCUCAGUAGAUGGGUGCAGAGUAUAUAAUAUGUAUAAUUAUAUUAAUAUAUAUUUAAAAUAAAGUAUUAGACUAAAAGUACACCUGUAAAAUCUAUUUUCUUUUCUAUCUACAUCAUUAUAACUCUCCUAAAAUGUACCUCAUAUAUUCCCUUCUAAAGGGACUUUGUUCCCUUCUCAUUCAAAGCGCUCGUGCUUGUUAAAGAGUGGCGUGCUGUCAUAGCAACCAUGAUACAUUCCGUUUCCGUUUGUCCUAUGAAGGCCGUCUCGUUUAAACGAGACUUGUUUAAAGGAGGACAUCCGGUAUACUGCAGCCUUCAAAAGACAUGUCCUACCUAGCAUGCAGCCUUCGAAACGAGACACAGCUUUAGUGAGCUGCCGUGCUGUCUCCAUAGGCAGCUGUCUUCUAUGGCAGCAUCCUUACUGAAAUGAUGCCUCAUAAGACACCGAUUUGGAACGCUCUUCAUAGGCAGCAGCUCCACGCGUCAUUCAAGUACACACAGAUUUUGGGUAAAAUAGUCGGUUUUCUAUGAUAUUAAACAACUUUCUAACUAUACUUUUCAGUAUUGAAUGAAUUAUGUAUAUUAUCAAAAUUUCUCUCGCUUCAUCCAUGUGGCAGAAUCAGCCUUCCCUACCAAGGAGGAAGCGGGAACCGGAGUGAACAAUCAACAGAACUUUAAUUUAAAACUCAGAUUUAAACAGUACAUCGAAACAUAGAUGCACACACAGACACGUGCGUCUCUCUCUCUCCUAAACUGGCGUCUCCGCCACAUACUUACCCACCUCCCGGCUGAUUAGGAUGAUUCAGCGCUAGGCGUGCGUCCUCACGGCCUGGCCACGCCCUCCUCCUUGUCACAGUCUACCAUCUUGGAUUUAUUUUUUCACCAAGGUCAUCACGGUGCAUUCUGGGUUCGCCUACCCGGGGAAGGAUACAAAUAAUGCUACCUUAAAAUUUGUCCAAAAUGAGGUAUCUCAAGAGGCAACAUAAUUAAGAUACCUACCUUUUGGAACAGUCUUCGCGUCGGGAGCGUGCCUAUCAUGUCUAAAAAUGGCGGUCACUAAGUUUUGGGACAGACCCACUAUUUCAAAAGUAUUGCUACAAACAAUAUACGUGUUAACAUGAUUUAGUAUGAUAAAAUCACUUACUAACCUCUUCUGUGUAACGUUAUAUCCAAUGUUACAAAUUUGUUUUGGAUAUAACUUUACACAGUGAUCUUAUCAAGCUAAAAUCAUGUUAACUUGUGUAAUUUUUUAUUUUAUUCUUGUGGCUAUACUUUUGAAACAGUGUUUAUUAUGUUUGUGGACUGGCCUCAUUGACUUCGAUUGUAAGUGCCUCACUGUAACCGCAACUUUUGCUUUUUUUUUUUUAAAUAAAGGACGAGUCAAAAUAAUUUUUUUGUGGAAAUCAACAUUACGCCACAAAUUCUGCUAAUUGAUCUCAAGUUGUAUUGAACCAGAACAUUUUUCUAAAUAAUAUGUAAUUAUUAUACUUUUUUUUUUACACUAGUUAUGAGAAUGAGACCUUUUUACAUUACUCUAAUGAGACGCUGUCAGGAAAAUAAUCUCACAAUGCUAAUAUCACAAACUUACUGGUCCUUAAACCAGGCCUAAUUUUCUAUAAGCAAAGUAUAGUUUCUUAUCCCUUACUUUUGAUUUUGGGAUGACAUAUGACUCACCCAGACAUCUUCUCGACAGGUUUUGUGAGAUUCACCCAUUGUCUACCGUGGAAGUAUAGGGCACAAAACAGAUACAGCCUUAAAAGCAGAGAUAAGCUCUUCUAUGACAUGUGUUUCAUGCAGCAGAGGUGCUCAAUCUCAGCUGACUGCAAUGUUUCUGUCACCAAGGCAAUGUGACAUAUAUCUAAUGUAUAUUAUCAGAUUUUCAUGCUUAGACAUUUUUUCAUAUAUGAUCAAACUAUGCUGUCCUAGAAAGAGUACAGUCACAUUUUAAAACAUGAUAUAAUAGGCAGAGCAUUGAUUUUGGACCUACCUCAUUUCUUUAACAUGCACCUAUACUGAUAUACAGUACUGUAUAUGUAUAAUAGAUUGCAUAAAACAUUAGAAUGUGUCCCUAUAUUUUCACAAGGCAACUUGGAAACUUUUCCCCUGCUGUUUCAAUGAGUAUCUUAUAGAUAUAUAUAUAUAUAUAUGUGUGUGUGUGUGUGUGUGUGUGUGUGUGUAUUUUUUACAAUUAUUUUAAUUUCUCUAAAGUAAUGCAUGACAAUUAGCAUGUGGUCUUUUAUUUUUAAAUCAAGUUCGUUACAGCCAUUAUAUAAUGUCGUUAUCCAAGUCGUUUUUAUAUAAAUGCUUGUACUAUUUAUUUUUGUUCUUUAACUGUUAUUUUGUUUAUCAAUUACUUACAUUUUUAUUUGUAUCAAAGUAAUCAAGUGUAUUCAUAUAAAAAAAUAAAUUAAAAAUUAAUUCACAAUGAUUUUACCUUCUUUUCACUUAUUUUGAAGUGGAACAUACAUGACUGACCACUGCCCGUUUCUGCAACAUGGAAAAAAAAAAGAACCGUGCUUUGAUAAGUCAUAAUUAUUAGAUUCAAAGUCAUUUAUGACCAUCAUAUUUAUAACGUAAAAGUCACAAUUUUGGGAUAGUAAGUCAUAAUUAUGAAGUCUUAUGAGAUACUAACUCAUAAUUAU